AUGGAGAUAGAUCCCAAAGUUCUUGUGGAUCGCGCCGCUGGAGCCAUUCUCGGAGUUUUCAUCGGGGAUGCCUUGGGUGUUGGUGUGCAUUGGCAAUAUGAUUUGGACAAGCUGGAGAAGGACCGGGGCUUUGUAACCGGCUACCUGGAUCCUUUGCCCGGCUCUUUCCACUCAGGGACCAGCGACGCCCCGGGCAAAGGGCAAUUGAAAGCAGGGCAGCUUGAACAGCAAGGUGAGGUAACAAAGCUGCUGCUGCAGAGCCUUGCCAGUAAGGGCUGCCUGGACCAAGAGGAUUUCCACGAUCGCUUUGAGAAAGAGAUCCUGCGUGAGGACACGAUGGACGGGACGCGCCAGGGUGGCAAGUACGGCUGGACCGACAAGACGAUCUGCGAUUUCUACAAAGCGCGCGUCGUGCACAACAAGCCAUGGGCGGAAUGCGUGCUCCCGCGCAGUGAUACACCGGAUACCAUCGUUCGGGGAGCUCUGAUUGCCUCGUCUUACUUCCUCAGCCCACGCGCUAUGUGCUGCCAAGUGCAAGCGCACUCGAAGGCUUUCACUGGCGAUAGUAGCGUGCAGGCGCACUCCGUGGCCUUUGCCGUCCUGCUAGCUGGGAUCAUUCAGGGCUUGCCCUUGGACAAAGGGCUCUCAUGGAGAAUGUACACACAAGCUGGUGACCCAUUGCCCUUUUCAUCCGUCCACAGCGACAAAGACCAUGAUGACGAUUACGGCGACUACACAGAACCUGACUCCCUGCUUUGGUACGGGAUGCUCGCCGAGGGCGUCCAGAAUUGUGCAACAGGCAUCGAGCCUCCCCACCGCGGUGUGGAGCUCUACGGCAAGUUUUGUGCCUUCUAUGGCGUCUUGGGGUCGGCCUAUUACUGCGCCGCGCGUUACCCGGACGACUUCGAGAAGGCCGUCCUCUGUAGCCUGAACGGCGGAGGACAGAACACCAUGCGCACCAGCCUCGUCGGUGCUUUCCUGGGGGGGCAUGUUGGCCUCAAAGGCAUUCCCCAGAAGCUUAUCGACGGACUUGACGACCACGACAACAUUGUCGCUUUAGCUAUGCAGGUGGCGCAACAUGCGAUAGAUCGUUCAUCUCCCUCGGACGCAUGGAAGUGGCCAAGCGACGAGCCAUGCUUUUCCAAGACUGUUCAAGCGUUCCUGUGCGAGAAAAGCGGUCGAAUGUCCGGUUGCGAGUGGGCCGUAUUGGCUGCAGCCAACCCGUUGUUUGACUCGAUUCGCUCCAUUGGCGUGUCGUACCAGAGGUUAGAUGUGAAGGUCACCAAAGCAUGCGGAGUGCUGGAGUCCUGGAAUGGCUUACUUGCGCAAGCUUCAGGCUUAACCAACUAUCACACAACCUUAGAUAAGGCCGUAAAGUACGAAACCACCGAGUCCGAGGCUCCGGCCGCGGACGAGAACAGUGCAAAUGGUGCUGCUCGCUGGGGCGAUCUGUUCGCACAAGCAUCUGGUGUGCUUUGGAAGCUGGAUUCCAUUUGGUUCACUUUGGUCUCGGCUGUGGCCCUUGCGAUUGUUUUUUGGAGGCCUGCGGAAAUCGUGGGAACGAACAGAGGUUCCAGAGAAAGCAAGCAUAAGCCGAUUCCAUGGUACAGCGUACUCUUCGCGGCCUUGUCCAGCCAUGCAGCUGGAAUCGUCGGCUUCGUGGGCUUCCAGAAGACCGUGGUGGCCAGGAUUGUGUCCUGCAGCCACCCCCAGACUCCUUGGACAUGGUCCGGUUUGCUGGCUGAUUGCUUGCUGUAUGCGAGCAUGGCCACGUCGAUCAUUGCCAUUCUUGCAAGCCUUGUGUUCUUGGGUGUGGACUACAUGCGACGCUUAGCAAUGGACAGCGGUCGAAGCAGCGGUCUUCGACUGGUGCUAAAGCCUGGCCGCAUCGAGCGCACAGGCCUCGGUGUGCUUCUGAUCAUAUUGACGGCGCUGCUGCUGGUUCUGUACCUGAGUGUCAUCGUCGUGGAAGCGAGCAAGAAGGACUCCAGAGUGGACAGGUUGCUGCUAUGUGAGAGAGUCUUCAGCGGCACGACAGUCCUGCUCUACUUCUUGAACCUGCGCAGCUUGUGCGAGUCGCCCAAGGUGCAGGCUCAUACGACGUGCGGGGUGCGACAGCAGGAAACUGACCUGAAGGAUUUCUUGGUGCAGUGCUGUGGCGACAACGAGGAGGGACGAAGUAACGGCUUGCGAAAGUUCCUGGCAGAUGGUCUUGGCUACAUAGCAGGGGAGGACCUGGCUCUGUUCGUUCGACUAGGCAGUCGCCGUGCCUUCUUUCCUACCCAGCGGCACGCGCCACUUUUACAUGUGGUUGGCUUGUUGCUUUUCCUUGGUGCUUUGCCUGGCGCCUUCCACCUCAUGGCGGAGCGUUUAUUCGCCAAGCCCGAGAUUGUCGAUGUGAAACCGUUCGCAGCAAUUCUUUUGCCACGAUUCGAUCGACUUUCAGAGCGCACUGACUACCUGGUGCUCGUGGACUCGGAUUCGGGGACAUUGCGCGUCAAGCCGAAAUUUGAGCAGGCCUCGAAUGUCCGCCUGUGUUGCGGAGCAUCUGGCGCAAGCUGCAGCAACCAUUCCUUCGAGCAUUCAUUGAUGCGCUUCGACGACAACCCAGCAGUUCUUGAAUUUGGGGCGAACCCCACCAAUUGCACAUUGAUUGUUUCAGGACACGCCAGCCAAGCCACGACCAAAUUACGGCUGCGAGUUGAACAGAGUACCGAUCAUCACCUCUCUGACUGCUCGGAGCUUGGCUGCAAAUGCCGCGACGGGUACAGGGGAGGCCUAAACGUGUCUACAUUCGCCGACGGGAGCUUGAUUGAUACCUGCAGCCCGGCACCGUGUGCAGUUGAACAUUCCAAUCGUCAAGCAGGAUCUGAGUGUGAUUGUAGAGAUGGAUACUAUGGGGACAUCUCCUGGGACGGAAAAGACUUCAGAGGCAACUGCAUCCCUGCACCAUGUAAUAUCACGCAUUCCAACAUGGAGGACGGCUGGAAGUGCCGCUGCCGUGAUCGAUUCGCAGGAAGUCUCUAUUGGAAUGGUUCCACACCCCGGGGAGUUUGUUCUCCUGCUAUAUGCGCAAUAGAAAACUCGACCGGGAGAGCAGGCGAGGAGUGCGAAUGCAGUGACGGAUUUGCCGGAAACAUCGUGUGGGAAGGGCAGACACUGCAAGGGACGUGUCAACCGGCACCGUGCAAUAUCCAGAACUCCACUCGCGAUGCUGGUUUGGAUUGCAAAUGUCGAAGCGGCUUCGAGGGAAGCGUGGAGUGGUCGGGUGCAACUCCCACGGGCUCGUGCCAACCCGUUCCAUGCGGGGUUGUCAAUUCGAACAAGGCGCCCGGCGACAAGUGUAGAUGCGAGGAUGGCUUCGCCGGCGCCAUACUUUGGAGCGGAACUUUGGCUAAAGGCAGUUGCAACCCUGCGCCCUGCAAUGUUGCUAAUUCCAGCGGACAGGGAUUGAAUUGCCGUUGCGAGCAUGGGCUGGAAGGGGUCAUCCACUGGAAUGGUUCAGAAGCUACGGGGCGAUGUGCACCGGCACCUUGCAACAUUACGAACUCGAACCGGAUGCCAGGCCAUAAGUGCAAGUGUAAAGACGGGUAUGACGGUACCAUUGACUGGGAGCUCUCAACUGCUAAGGGCACAUGCGAGCCUGCGGCAUGCACGAUAAAGAAUUCAAACCGUGCGAACGGGCCGAAGUGUGUGUGCCUAGAUGGCUAUGCUGGUAGCAUUACUUGGCAAGGCUCGGCACCGCAAGGAUCCUGCAAGCCAGCUUUCUGCAACAAGAUUGCCAACACGAACGGCAAGCGCGGCACGGCUUGCGCAUGUCGUGACGGGUUUCUAGGCAAUAUCAGCUGGCAAGGCUCUGUUGCCAGCGGAAGCUGUUUCCCAGCUCCUUGCAUGGUUGAGAAUUCAGACAAAAUCCCAGGACCCGAUUGCCGAUGCUUAGACGGCUUUGCAGGCAUCUUCGCAUGGAAGGGAUCGAUGCCAAUGGCCACCUGCAAACCCAUGCCGUGUACCGGUGUCAACUCAAACUCGAAAGUUGGCCCGGAAUGUGAUUGUUUAGACGGCUUCGUAGGAAAGCGGAGGCUAAAUGAGUGGGAGGAUGCGUAUGAGCUAGAUUGCAGACCGGCCCUGUGCACCGUUGAGAAUUCAAACGGGCAAGAUGGUCACGGCUGCGGUUGCAAGAGCGGCUUCAUGGGAACAAUCACGUGGGCUGGCGCGAGGCCUCAGGGGUCAUGCAGCCCUGCACCCUGCGUGGUUCCCAAUUCAAACCGGCAGCCGGGACUUGCUUGUAAGUGUGGAAACGGAUUUCGCGGUAAAGUUACAUGGCGGGGCCGCCAUCCAGACGGCUCUUGUGACGCGGUGCGUUGCCGAGUCUCGCAAUCGGACUUUGCACCUGGCCCGUCAUGCAGCUGUGCAGAGGGUUUUUUUGGUAACAUCACAUGGUUCAAAGAAUCUGCCGCUGGAGACUGCAGACCUCUGCCGGUCUGUUCCGAGGACAUUGUCCAUGUCACAACUUCCGUGGUAGAUGUCGAGGACUUGCAUGGAAAGAUUUGCAGGGCUGGUCAAGGCUUCACGGUUCGAGGUAGCACAUGUAACCAAACAACCGGUGCUAUCCAGUGGAUCGCGGAUGAAAGUAGGCCGCAUGGCAAUUGCAGUUGGAGAUGGUCCGGAUCUGAGGCGGAUUGCCACACAACCGCUCAUACGAUUCGCAUGUUGCGCGGGUUAAAGCUUCCCACUCACUGUUCAAAACAUGCUGCUCGACCACGUUGUUCCUCGCAAAUUGAAUACGUGGUGACCAGCCCUCAAGCUUCGCGAUAUGCCUGCGGAAAUGUUUCACUACCUGAUGAAUAUGAAAUUGUGACAUUUCGAGGUCACCGCUGUGGAUACGAUCUCAUCAGCUGGGACACUGCAAGCAUCACGGUUUUAUCAAAGACCUGCACCUACAAGCUUUCGAGUGCCUGUGGCGAUAUCCCAGAUGGCGAACAACUUCCAAAGUCCUGCAGAAAUUCAGCGGAGCCUGCAACCUUCGUGUGGCAGCAUGUCGAUCGGAUGCCGGAAACGGUGAAAUUCUUCGAUGACGGCUCAUUCACACUUGAGCCCGGUCAGAACGGCAAGAAGACAUGGCAAUCGGACGGCGUCUACUUAUCUUUGCAAAAGAAAUUUGCCUCGGAGCGCAUGAGGUGGGGAUUUCGCCGAUACUUAGACGAGCCCGAAGACGAAGGCGAUCUGGACGAGCUUGAUGAACACGUCGGCUUCCAUUUCUUUGAUAGAACUACAGACGAGCUCAAGGCAAAAUGGAAGACAUUACCAUCCUGGUGGGUUUUCAAGUUUCAGCAGAUAUCAUCCCGGGCCAGUUUUAAUGCAGACCGAUUAGUUGGCUGUGAGAAGUCUUUCUCUCAUCAGGACGCCUGCUAUAAAAUCGUCUUUGGGCAAGAGAUUUGGACGACCGCAGAUAGCAAGAGUUAUUGUGACUUCGGGCAGGUUGCAAAGCCGGCAUGGAGAAAAUAUGUGUAUUCCUACUCUGCCUUUGGAGUUCAGAUGUACCGCUCGGCGACUCCUUGUCUUCCCAUUGCGGCAUAUGAGGAGAUUCAGCUGACGGUUACGGAUGUCAACCUGCCCGAGGAAGAGUUUGCAUACGCUACCACGGAUGCACCAUGUCGGAGAACGAUUGGUAUAGCAACCGCAGCUCGUGCACUCGACUCGAAAUGCCAAAACGCAUAUGAGGUUGUGUACACUAACGGUCGCAAUGUUGGUGCUGCCCUGAAGACCUUCAAUUGGGCCUUCGAUUCUUUCGGCGAUGAAGAUGAAGAUGACGAUGAAGAUGAGGACGGAUUAGAUUGA